GAGCAGGCACACUAAGAGAAACAUGGCAGCCAGAAUCAUGCAGACGGAUCCGCUAGAGGAUUACUACUUUGAACACGAAGAGCAGGAGAUUUGUGGACAGCUGGUCAGCCCGAUUACGAACUGCUAUGAAGAGAACUAUCCUAGUGUAGUGGAUCGUUUUUUUACACGCUAUUAUUAUAUCAAAGGCAACGCAGCCUACCAAGUGCUUUAUCACUCUAACCGCAUGUGUCUGAUAUGCCUGGCUCCCGCACAUCCUGCCUAUAAAGAGGGCAUAGCUUCGGUUAGUUACGAUGUGGGCAAUGUCGAUCGCAGCCAGAACGUGGUUAAGGGCAAAGCCAAGAAGGGAGGCAUGAUACUGCAGGCUGAGACAACGCUGGCGCUGCUCACAACCGAUGCGGGCACAACGUACAAAAUUCCCAGUUGCAUACGCGGAAAACUAGUUGAAGUUAAUAUGGAAUGGGUUGCGCAGCCUAAGCUGAUGGAAAAAUCAUCGGAAGGCGCCGGCUACUUUGCAAUAUUGCUGCCCAAGAUAGAGAACUGCGAUGACAUAAAGGCAAGCCUGCUGACUCAGGAACAAUAUGAACAGCAUAUAAGCCACAUCGAAUUAGAAGAUAAACCAUGCACUUAAUAAUCUUAAGAUAUUGUACAUUUAUAUUUUAAAUUGUGUUAAAUAUACGCUGCGAACUAGUACUGUUCAAAUGAACCGGCUAUUUUGAGUGAGC